UGUAAUUUUCUCUCUCUGAUUUUAUUGUCUGAGGAGCUGUUUGAUGUUUUGGCUACCUCAUCGAUCCAUCUAUCAUCACAGUUGUAGAAAAAUGUUCUCUCUCUAAGCUUCCCUUCGUUGGCACAUGAAGUAGAAUUUCAGAUUUGGGAAUUGUUUUGUGAUCGAAUUUCAGUGAAUAAGCUUUUGGCAGGAACAUACAAAGACUUGGCACUAUCUUCUGCUACAAUACUUGAAUUUCCCAAGAAAAAAUCCCUCUUUUCGAGGAGGAGGGGGAGAAGGUGGUUCUGGUUUGAUCUGCAAUGAUGUAUCAGGCCGUUCCCACGGCCACAACCACUCGUGGUGGCACUCCAACAGAGAGUGGCGAUUACGUAGUGACCUUGGAUCAAGUUCCAAGAUGGAGUGAUGUUGAGCAGAGGUCAUCUCUGGAGGGUGAAACAGGAGAUCAAGCACAUUCUAAUCCACGCUACGCAAACCCUUUGGCUUCUUCUUCUGAAGCAGGAAGCAGCGGCAAUGGGAUGGUGUCUAAGUUUCCUGUUGAUCACGAGAUUAACUCCAAGAUAUACCUCUGGAGAGGGGAACCGUGGAACCUUGAGGUUGAUGCUGUUGUGAAUUCGACAAAUGAGAACUUGGAUGAGGCGCAUAGCAGUCCUGGUUUACAUGUUGCUGCUGGACCUGGCCUUGCAGAACAAUGUGCUACACUGGGUGGAUGCCGGACAGGGAUGGCGAAAGUAACAAAUGCUUAUGAUCUACCAGCGAGGAGGGUUAUCCAUACAGUAGGACCCAAGUAUGCAGUAAAGUAUCAUACCGCAGCUGAGAAUGCUCUAAGUCACUGCUAUAGAUCUUGUCUGGAGCUUCUUAUAGACAAUGGGCUUCAAAGUAUCGCUAUGGGCUGUAUAUACACAGAGGCCAAAAAUUAUCCGCGAGAACCAGCUGCUCAUGUUGCCAUAAGAACUGUACGCCGCUUUCUGGAGAAGCAAAAAGAUAAAAUUAAUGCUGUCGUUUUUUGUACCACCACAUCCUCUGAUACGGAGAUUUACAAAAGAUUACUUCCACUUUACUUUCCUCGAGACGAGCACGAGGAAGAGGUUGCCAUCUCAAAGCUCCCUGCUGAUGUGGGGGAUGAAAAUGGUGAGACGGUUAUAGACGAACGUAAAAUCAGAAUACAGGCAUUGCCAAAUAAACCUCCAGCGAGAUCUUUUCCAGCCAUGGUCGAGCGACCUGCCACUGAUCUUGCUUUGGUACGAAGGAACUCGAAUCAUCUUGAUUCAUAUUUGGAUCCCGCCUUCAUGUCUUUGAUUAAAGAUCCAGAUGAAAGGCGCAAAGAACAAUGGGAGAAGACUGCACAAGCACAGAGUGGAUUCAAUUUUGUUAAAUUGUUAGGAUUUGGUGAUCUGGGGGGACCCCCUCUCUCUGCUGCAGAGGAAUACUCGCUUCAUUCGCGAUACCUAGCAAAAGCCAAUUCUCUCAACCUUGCGGAAAUUGCAGAGAUGAAAAUUGUGUACCGUGGUGGUGUUGACACCGAGGGUCAUCCUGUAAUGGUUGUUGUAGGAGCUCACUUUUUGCUGCGAUGUCUUGAUCUGGAGCGUUUUGUGCUUUAUGUUAUAAAGGAAUUUGAACCUUUGAUACAAAAGCCUUACUCGAUUGUCUAUUUCCAUUCUGCAGCAUCUUUACAAGUCCAACCAGAUUUGGGAUGGAUGAAAAGAUUACAACAGAUACUUGGUCGCAAACACCAGCGUAACCUUCAGGCCAUCUAUGUUCUUCAUCCAACUUUCCACUUGAAGGCUACAGUCUUAGCUAUGCAAUUGUUUGUGGAUAAUGUGGUUUGGAAGAAAGUUGUAUAUGCUGACCGACUUCUGCAGCUGUUCAAAUAUGUUCCUCGUGAGCAACUGACAAUCCCAGACUUUGUUUUCCAGCAUGAUCUUGAAGUUAAUGGAGGAAAAGGUCUAAUCGUUGACCCAAGAACAAAAUACGUCUAUCAACGGCCAUGAACAAAUCAAAGACAGUUACUUUAUCCAGUCAAUUUGUAUGUGUUGCUGUUUUUUUUGUGCAAAAAUUGUUUAAUUCUUUCAUGUUUGUCUCAGAUUUUAGCUACCCUUUCGUGUUGAUCCUGGGAGCAAAAUAAAAACCUUCUCUUAGCUUUUAAUGUAAUCUAUGUUUGAAUC